UCUUCUUUAUUGUCAAUAUGUCUGCGGUUCUUGACGAAAAGCUUUCCCCUGGUCACGAUGACCUUCCCGGCAACGGCGCCGAUGCCCGUGGCACCAAGCGCAACCGCAUGAGCGCCGACGAUGAAGAUGAUGAUGAUGACAAGCCCGGCCGUGAGCGUCGCAAGAUCGAGAUCAAGUUUAUUCAGGAUAAGUCGCGUCGGCACAUUACUUUCUCCAAGCGGAAGGCCGGUAUCAUGAAGAAGGCUUAUGAACUCUCUGUCUUGACUGGCACUCAAGUUCUCCUGCUGGUCGUCUCCGAAACCGGCCUUGUCUACACCUUCACUACUCCCAAACUGCAGCCGCUGGUCACUAAGGCCGAGGGCAAGAACCUGAUUCAGGCAUGCCUGAACGCUCCGGACCCAGCCGCCAGUGAGAAUGGUGUCGAUGCCCCCGAUGUCGCCCCCGAGGCCCCCGAAGAUGUGGCUCACAACAACGUCAACGCGCCCCAGGGGAAUAUGCGUCCCGGUAUUCACCCUGGCUACAUGACCAACGAGCAGCAGCAGCAGAUGGCGUACUACCAGAACCUCCAGCAGCAGCAACAGCAGGCUGGUGGUCAGUACCCCAUGCCGGUCGGCGGUCGCAUGCCACCCCAGCACCAACCCACUGCUUAA